CCGUGCUUCUUUUUUCGUCUCGUCUAGCUGCGACUCAUUCUUUCUUUUUCUUUCUUGUUCAGGUCUACGUUUCCUUUUUCUUUUCUCAUUUCUUUUUUUAUAGAACGUGAGUGGAUACGGACACGGUACCCUGCACGCCGUUGCACCAGAUUAUUUACUGUUGCGCUAAAUUGUCGCGUUUUUCCCUCGACAGCCGCGAGAACGCCUUCAGUGUCUCUCUUCAGUGCGCGUGAAUGAAGGACGACGAAGGAAGGCGGCGUGGAACGUUUAAGUUCUUCAUGCUCGCUACCAUUCGAUCUUCUAGUGUUCUCCAUCUUUUACCUGGCUCACGCGCCUUUUUUGCAUGAAUGAAGCACUGUGGAUGGUCGAUUAUUUUUCCGCUCAUUGCAGCUGUGCUAAGUGACUUAUUGAUGUUUCUCCAAUUGAAUUAAUAUUUCAUUUCCAUUCGAUACGUAUGUCCAGUAUCGAAAAAUCUUAUAAAAUGAAUGGCGGAAUGUUACGUUACAUGUAUGUACAAUCAAAAAUGUGAAACGAAAAGAGAUGCUAGUAAUUGAAAGAACACGGUGGUGUAUGGUGAACAGAGUGCAGAUGAGAUAAGGUUAUUUGAUAAACAUUGAAAGAUAUUUCUAAGAUCGAUAAAUCGAAAGACAACAAAUAAAUCAAGAAAUUAAUUUAGAUAGGCUAAGUAAAAUAAAGAAAAAUUGAACGGAGUAAAGUUUGCAGAAGAACUGGAGGAACCGCGUUGCAUGUAGCCGACGGAUGCAAGGCUGCUCUUCCUGAUGGAUCCCAUCGUGUUAGAGAGUAACGCGAGCGAACUCGGUGCAGAUCAGCAGCAGCAACAACAGCAGCAACCCCAUCAGCAACAACAGCAACAACAAUACGGCGAGGUGAACCAACUAGGGGGUGUGUUCGUGAAUGGCCGACCCUUGCCGAACGCGGUCAGGUUGAGAAUAGUGGAGCUUGCACAGCUGGGGAUCAGGCCGUGCGACAUCUCGCGGCAGCUGCGAGUCAGCCAUGGUUGUGUCAGCAAGAUUUUGGCCCGUUACCACGAGACAGGCAGCAUACUGCCCGGCGCUAUCGGGGGCAGCAAACCCCGGGUAACCACCCCCAAAGUUGUCCAGUAUAUCAAGCAGUUGAAGCUCAAGGAUCCGGGGAUCUUCGCUUGGGAGAUCAGGGAUCGGUUACUGUCCGAUGGAGUGUGCGACAAGUACAACGUCCCAUCGGUGAGCAGCAUCUCGAGGAUAUUGAGGAACAAAGUUGGCGCGGCGACCGCGAUCCAUCACCAUCCCCAUCAUCCGGCGCAUCAUCACCAUCAUCAUCAUUUAUACGCAGCUGCGGCCGCGGCCGGAGCCGCCCUUUGCCCCGUCCCCUAUCCACCGACGCCUUAUCACGCGACGCCGCCACCCGCUGUAACGCAUCAUCAUCAUCAUCAUCAUCAUCAUCCAGUUGGGCCGACGACGCCUGGUAAGCUGUCACCAUCGUCUCCGACCACGAUUCACGCCAGUAUCGGCCAUCAGACUGCCACUUCCGCCGGUUUACAGUGGCCCAGUCCUCACACGGUUCACGACAUUUUGGCCACUGGUUGCAACUUGACCAAUUCCCAAUCAUCCCCCUCGCCGACUUCUCCGCUGUGCGCGACCAUUAACAAUAAUCAUCACCACGGCCACCACCAUCAUCAUCAUCAUCAUCAGAGCAACGACAACGCUGCCAGCAACAAUAACAACGAGGAGACCAGCGGCUACCAUCAUCCGCAUCACCAUCAUCACCAUCAUCAGCAGUAUUACGCGUCGGCUCUGUACCAUCAUCAUCAUCAUCAUCAUUCGGACAGCGUGACGCCGGUGGCGACCACGUCACCGGUUCUCACCGUACAGUCGAUCAUGAUGCAAUCAUCAGCGACCAACAGUCAACCGGCUAGUCCUUGUAAUUAAAAUUAUUCGAAUGAAAUUAUAUAGUUAGAAUGAUGAAGCGCGAGUGAAAAGACUAAAAUAUCGUUGGAUUGUGGAAUAGAGUGGUUGCACGUACAAUUGAAUACGAGUAUAUCGGUUAAAUUUGUAAUCAAUAUGUAAUUAAGAAAAAGAAAGAUCGAAAUUAUCGAGUGAUUGUGAGAUUAAAGACGAAAUAGAGAAAAAUAUGAAAUAAAUAUGGGAUGUGUAGCUGGCGAAAACGAUACAUCUCACCAGUAUUAUAUAUUUUUAUCGUCAUUUUGCCAAGAGUGCCUUUUCUCGAGUGCCAUAAAGAAAAGCAAUUUCUACUGUUUUGUUAUGUAUUUGUAACGGACUGUGAGAGAAGAUAAUCGAGAUUGUUGAAACUUUUUCAAAGAAUAUGCACGUUACGUCGAACACCUUUUUUUAGGAAUCAUUUUAAGGAAUAGUCCUUUAGCUCGUUUUUCUUUUUUGUAUGUUUGUUCGAUCUUUGCGUAUAUAUUUAAUGAUAUAAUAAUCGUUGAAGAAAGAAUUAUUGAUUCCCAGCCAAGCGAGAUCGAAAAACGUUAAAAAGUUCUCUGACGAUUCGGCGGGACGUUAUCGAUGUUAUUUAAUUGAUAAAUUUGUACAA